UUUUUUUUUUUCAAGAGAUCUCGCUGACAGCCGACAAGGGAGCAUCAAAACAUACCCGUCAUCUAAUCUGCAGCCCAGUCGGUAAGAUGGCACACGCAUCGCUCAUCGCUGCCAUUCUGAUUAUCUGUCCCACCGGCACCGAGGCCAUCGGAGAAAUGAACGUUUGUUUCAUCCUGGAUGGGAUUCUCAUCCUUUACGGCGUCAUUCUCACCGUCUUAUACUGCAGACUGAGGAUGGGUCCAGCCAAUAAAACGCUUGCCAACCCCCCUGAGAAGCAGCCCGCUGAGGGAGGCAUCUAUGCGGUGAGAGUUCUCAUUGUAAUGAUUAAAAAGACAUUUAAAAAGGCACUUGAAGGAAAAGUGACAGCUUAACGCACAGCGAAUGGGUCUGACCUCUCAAAGCACCGAUACCUACGAGACCAUCAAAAUGGAUAAAAAGCCUAUCGUCUGAUGGAAGAAGAGGGCCAGGUGCAGAGAGGAUGCUGAGCACACAAACGCAGUGUCAUAUCUCUCCAAGCUUUAUACUGUAUAUUAAGUUGCGUGAGUUUCUAUACAUGACUUUUCUCCCUUUUCUUUUUGUAAAAAAAAAAUACUACUCCCAUUUCUAAACUUUGCAUGUGUGAAACGAUAAAACUAAAUUAAUAUAACAAUUCACUAAUAAAGGCUGCGUCCGAGUGUUUUCACUGUGCAGUCGCUCUGAGUUUCAGAACUUGUUUUACCCGAGUUGCUAAGAAAACAGAAGUUGAAAUGGAUCUUUUCUGUUCAUGUGUUCCCUUUUUCUUUGGUUGAACUAAGAACUAUUUUUACUUCGCUGUGUAAAAGAAAAAAACAUGAAAUGUGUUACAACUCAUUAGUAGGGGUGCAACUAAUGAUUCUUUUUAAUAACAAUUCAUCUGAAUAUUAUUACUUUUUCAAUGUUUUGCUGUAUAAAAUGUCAGAGAAUUAUAAAAUAUGCUCUUCAAAAUCUCCUAAAGCCUAAA